AUGGCGGGGUCGGAGGAGCAGCAGCAGAGGGAGCUGAUGCUGUUCGACACGAGGACAAAGAAGGCGGAGAUGUUCCGGCCGCUGGUGGAGGGCAAGGUGAGCAUGUACGUCUGCGGUGUGACGCCCUACGACUUCAGCCACGUCGGCCACGCCCGUGCUUACGUCGCCUUUGACGUCCUCUACAGACGGUGUUUCUUUCUACAUAUUCUUGGCGAUGACUCUUGGAGGCAUGGAGCAGCGGAGGCUUGGCGUCAGAUGUGUGGUGACGGAUACGCGCAGGAGGUCGAUGCUGUCUGGCGUCGUGGUGGCGUCGGCGGCAGCGAGACCGAGCAAGGCCGAUGCAACAGUACAUCUCUGAAGAUGGAUAUGUGGCAGGUGGUUGUGGCGGCCUCAUACCCGGCAGGCGUCCUGGUUGAGGAGCACGCCGGACUGGUGGGUGCCCAUACCUGGCAGGCGUCCUGGUUGGGACCUCAGGUCUUAGAUGUUAGGUACCUAAAGUACUUGGGUUACGAGGUUGAGUAUGUGCGCAACUUCACUGAUAUCGAUGACAAGAUUAUUAGACGAGCAAAUGAAGCUGGUGAAACGGCAACUAGUUUGAGUAGUCGGUUCAUCGAUGAGUUCCUGCGUGACAUGGUUGAACUUCAGUGCUUGCCUCCUACUCGCGAGCCACGUGUGACGGAGCACAUUAAGCAGAUAAUAGAUUUGAUAACCAAGCUAGAGGAAAAAGGGAAAGCCUAUACUAUUGAAGGAGACGGCGUAUACUUCUCAGUUGAUAAUUUCCCUGAAUAUCUUAGUCUGUCUGGAAGGAGCUUAGACCAUAAUCUUCCGGGUUCACGAGUCGCUGUCGAUACAAGAAAGCGCACUCCUGCUGACUUUGCAUUAUGGAAGUUUGCGAAGGAGGGUGAGCCAUUCUGGGAAAGCCCUUGGGGCCGUGGAAGACCAGGAUGGCAUAUUGAGUGCAGUGCAAUGAGCGGGCAUUAUUUAGGCCAUGCGUUUGAUAUUCAUGGCGGAGGAAAAGAUUUGAUCUUUCCACAUCAUGAGAACGAGCUCGCACAAAGCAGAGCAGCGAAUCCUGAGAGCGAGGUCAAAUGCUGGAUGCAUAAUGGCUUUGUCAACAACAAUGGCCAGAAGAUGGCAAAAGCAGACAAAAACUUCUUCACUAUCAGAGAUGUUAUCGCUCUGUACCAUCCAAUGGCUCUCAGGCUAUUCCUGAUGCGAACACACUACAGGUCCGAUGUUAACCACUCUGAUGUAGGCCUUGAGUUUGCAUCUGGCCGUGUGUACUACAUCUAUCAGACUCUACAAGACUCUCAAGAGGUUAUAUCCUUGUACCAUGAUGAUGAGUUGGACGUCCCAGUACCAGCAGGCGAUCGCAAGGUGGUUGACGACAACCACGAGAGUUUCCUGAGACACAUGUCGAACGAUCUUCAUACCACAGGCGCCCUUGACGAGCUUAUGAAGCCAGUGAGAGCAAUGAACAACAACUUGAGUGAUCUGAAGAAAUUGCAGCAGAAACUGGAGCAGCAGCAGAAGAAAGAGCCAGAGAAGAAGAAGCAGCAGCAGCAGAAAAAGAAACAGCCCGAGGAGAAACAAGAGGAACAUUAUGUACAAGCUCUGGUUGCCUUGCACGGCGAAGUCACGAAUAAACUGUCUAUUCUUGGCUUGAUGCCGUCAUCGCCCUUGGCUGAGGUGGUGAAGCAACUGAAGGAGAGGGCGCUGAAGCGAGCAGGGAUGAGUGAAGAGGAGCUGCAGCAGGUGAUUGAGCAGAGAAGCGCUGCGAGGAAGAGGAAGGAGUUUGCGGAGUCGGACCGGAUCAGGGCGGAGCUCUCUGCCCGCGGCAUCGCCUUGAUGGAUGAGCCUGCCGGGACGCUGUGGAAACCAUCUGAACCAGAACUAGCUGAAGAAGCGUAG